UAUUUUAAUAUUACAACGUGCGCCAAUAAUCAUCUAUAUGCUCAUCAAAACUGCGCAUUUGGAAUCUUUUAAGAUUAGUUACUUAUUUGCAAGUUCAUUGUACUUCCAUUGUUUACUCAGGGUUAUGAAACAAUAAAAAUUAAUCUUCUGCCGCUUAAAGAGCGUCAGAUUAAACUAAAACAUGUCAGGAGAUGUACAGCCAAGAAAGCGGAAAGAUAAAAAGAAAAAGAAAGAUGAAUUAGGUAUAGAGGAGCCUCGUGGUACAGCAGCAGCACUGGGCGAGGGUGAUGUCUUCAUACACUCUCAUCAUGAUCAUGGCACUGGGGGACAUUGGUGUGCUAAAAUUAUAUUCUUUUCGCUUCUGGCUGUUCUGGCUACUCUUAUUGGAUUAAUUAUACUAGAAAACAGAGGUCUUACUGAAUUGGAAGCAAACUCAGUAGAGUCUCGAUAUUCUGGUGUUUUGGAAGGAUGGUUGGAAGAUGCCCCUGAUGAUGACCAUCACGAUGAACAUACUUUAGAGUUGAAGCACCCUGAUGAUGAUACUGAUGACCAUGCUGAUUCUGAGCAUGAAGACAUGGAGGAUGAUGAACAUGAUAUAGAUGAAGAUGAGAGCCACGAGGAAAAUGAGGAACAUGCUGUUGAAGAAGACGAGGAAAAUGAAGAAGAUGAUGAUGAUGAAAAUAUUGAGAGUGAUGAAGAUGAAAAUAUUGAGAGUGAUGAAGAUGAAAAUGAAGAGAGACAGGAAGAAGAAAACAAAGAAAAUUAUGAUGAAAGUCAAGAAAACUUACAGGAUUCGAAUGACGAGGAUAUCAAUGAGGACAUAGCUUAUAGUCAAUAUAAAUAUAAUGAAGAACAAAAUGGUUUAGAAGAAAAUAGCGAAGACGAAUUAAGUAAUGAAAAUGAAGAAGACAAUAAUCUAAGUAAUGAAGUAGAUGAUGAUGAUGAUGAUGAUCGAAAUGAAGAUGAUGGAAGUGAUGAAGAUGAAGGUGACGAUGAAUACAAAGAUGAUGAAUACAAAGAUGAUGAGGUCGAUGAUGAAAGUAAUAAAUACGAUAAAAUUGAACAAGAUACCUCUCAGGAAAAUAAUUAUGAGGAAACGGACGAACAAAACGACGAUGAUAACGACGACAAUGAAGAGAUAGAGCAUAUAGAGGGAGAAGUUGAUGAUAAUGAAGACACACACGAAGCACUAUCUACACGAGACAGCCAACAAGAUGAAGAUGUAUCAAAAGAAGAUGAUACACAAGGAGAUGAACACGACGAAGAUUAUUUACAGGCAGACGAUGAUGAACCGCCAGUAGAGCGCAUCACAACACCACCCGUAGGAAAGCCUUUUGUUGAGAUAGAAGAUGAAGUAACAGAAAAACCAAUAGACACGCUAGCUGAAGAAGAAGAAUACGAGAAGAAGCAGGAGGAACUUCGCAGAGAGGAGGCUCAAGCAUCCCACAUGUGGCUGAAGCUGGCGGUGGGCGGCGCGCUGCUCGUCGCCACGAACGCGAUCGUGCGCCGCGCCACGACACGUCGCGAUGCGCCUGAAUCGGAAGAACCUUCAAGGGAAGACUCGGCCUCUGUGACAGAUAGACGUAUGACCAUUGUUGAAGAUAUAGCGACUAAUAUAUCUCAACAGAGGUCACCGCCUCCAAAACGUCAAGAAAUUGAGGAAGAAAUUUUCAAAAAACCAUAUCCAGUCACAAAAUCUGAACCUUUGCAAAAAUCAGAUAAUAAACCAGAAGAAAAGACAUCAGAUGUGAAAAAAGUUACAGAGGAAAAAGACGAAGAGGAAAAAGAAUUAUAUAGCGACGAUGAAGAAGUAGAAGAAGAAGAAGAACAAGAAGAAGAGGAUGUGCUACCGGCUAAAAUGAUUUCUCAGCAAAAGUUACCAGAACACAAGUCUCCGAUUUCAGAACAGAAGGACGAAGAGUCGGAUCCGGAAGUUCCGGAUGACGUUGAAAUUAUAGAUGAUGAACAAAUCGAAGAAGAGGAAGAAGAGGACGACGAAGAAGAAGAAAUAUCUGAUGUCGAUGACGCGGAGUUAUUAAGUCGGUUAGAAGCCAAAUACGGCCGUCUUCCGGAACCGGAAAGACCUGGAAAACACAAGGAUGGAGGAAAUAGCAUAGACGACGAAUGGCCUGGUGAGCCGAGCGACUCCUACUGGCGUGAACAACUCGACCUCGCUGAGGACGAACUUCGUCAGGGGGAGUGGGAUGCGUGCGGGCGGCGCGCGGCGGCCGCGGCGCUGGACGGAAGCGCGCGCGCGCGCUGGCUGGCCGCGCGGGCGCUGGACGCCGCCGCCCACGCGCGGAGAGACAACCGCCUCCUCUCCGGAGCUAUAUCGGCAUAUCUGCACCUUCUCAAAAUGAAUGAGCGUCUCUCUGAUAGGAAACUUGUGGAAGUUGCCGAUCGAGCGCUUGAUAGAAUACAAUUUAGAGGUACAUACCUAAACGCUGAGCCCAUUUACAGAAUGUUGAUAAGAAGAUUUCCUCGCAACGUAAACUACCGUAAUAAUCUAACAAUUUCAUUUUUAAUGGCUAACAGGGCGGACUUAGCGGACGAGGUGUUGAAAGAAACACUUCGUCUGUGGCCAAACGAUCGCGUUGCUCUCGCUCACUACGGUUUCGUUUUGAAAAACCACCACAAUAAACUAGAGGAAGCCGUCGUAUAUCUAAAGAAAGCUCUAGACGGCGAUGCGGGUGCCGCGAACGAGGCUCGGUUUUAUUACCAUCUAGGAGACGCGCUCCUUCAACUCGGACGGAAGGACGAAGCGCACGAAGUGCACCGCAGGGGCGCCGAGCUAGGGCACUUCCUGUCCCCUCACCAGCGCUCCCUCUACAAUGUACCGCGCCUCAGAAGCCGGCCCUGGUGGCCCGUGGAGGAGACGCCCUACGUCAAACUGGUCGAGGCCCUCGAGAAAUCGUGGCGAGAGAUACUAAAGGAGGGCGAAGCGGCGACGGCGCUCUACGAGCUAGAGAAGGAAGGGCUGUUGGAGAGGGGCGAGUGGUCGCAGUUGGAUCUAUUCGUGCAGGGGCGCGAGGUGGGGGGGCGGUGCGCGCGCGCGCGGGCCACGUGCGCGGCGGUGCGCGCGGAGCCGGCGGCGCGCUGCCGGCGCGGCCAGGUCAAGUUCAGCGCGCUGCGCGCCGGCUCGCACGUGCGCGCGCACACCGGCCCCACCAACUGCCGGCUGCGGCUGCACCUCGCGCUCAGCAACACCGCCGGCACCUACAUACGCGUGCACGACGAGACCAGACAAUGGCAAGUAGGAAAGGCGUUCAUAUUCGACGACAGUUUCGAGCAUGAAGUGUGGCACAACGGCACGGGCACGCGCCUCGUGCUCAUCGUGGACCUGUGGCACCCUGACCUCAGUGCACAUGAGCGCCGCACGCUACCCGCCAUCUGACGGACGAAACAUAACUAAAAAAAUUCCCGCCAUCUAACGGAUGGAAAGGGGUUUGUCCAUCAAUCACGUGAGGCUCGAAAGGGGACGGAGGAGUUUGGUAAGGACUUGGUUGGAGAGGACUAUAUUGAGAUAUACAACCUAUCCUAAAACCUGGCCACACAUCACCAAGUGGGAUUAAAAGUUACUAAAAACAUCAUGUGAUUAAUUGACGACCCCUAAUCAUUCCUAUAAUAUUCAUGAAAAUGAUAACUUCUAUUAUUAUUGCUUAUCGGGAACAUAAUUUGUGAUUGAUUCAGCCUGUAACAUCCCAUUGCUGGGGUCUCUUUCUCUGAGUAGAAGGGUCUGGAGCUUUGUCCACCACACUGCUCCACUGCGGUAAUUUGUUUAUUACAAUAAUUGAAUUUUUUUUUUUCACAAAAUUUUUCAUUGAAACAGUUGCUGGACCGAUUAAUGAACUCAGAUAAUGUGUUACUGUUACUAUAUAAAGCUAGUCUGUAUAAUUGUUAUACUAUUAUAUAAACAAAGUGUAGCUGAAAAUGCAUUCAAGUGAAUCACAAAAUCAACACUAUUUUCUAUUGGAAUAUUUUGUAGGUUAAUUAAACAGUUUAAUUAAAAAUACUGCUACAAUAUUUUUGUUAAAUCAACAUUGAUCUUGCAUUUCUGCUUAUAAAUACAUUAUAUGUUAAUUUAAUCCCAUGUGUACAUUUAUAUUUAAUAGAAAUAUAAUAACUGAUGUUGUAUGUGUAGUUUAAGCUUUUAUUUGGUAUUUUAAAGUAAGUUUUAUUCUUCAUAUCCACUGUUACUAACAAAUAAAGUAAAAAAUUCCUUGUCUUUGUUUUUAGACAUUUCAGUCUAAAAUAUAAUUACAACGCUCGAAUGUUAGUUUCUUUUAUUUUAAUAAAAAUAUAUGUUUUCAA